GGCAUAACUUAAGAACUACGCAUCAUUAUACCGCUCGGAUCCCCUCAUUAGCUAUCGUUCUCUCUAAGUUUGGUCGUUGCAGAAGAAGAAGAAGAACACUGCAACUGCUAGUCUUAAAGAAAACUACUCGGAGAUCAUGCAUCAAAACUGCCAUUUUUGAAAGACUCACUGACAAGCUCUCUGCCUCAGAUCUGGCGAACUGAGCCACCGGUUUCUCUGAUUCUCUUUCCCCGAUACUACCAUAGGAAGGAAGAAUCACUGCUAACAUGGAGUAUAUAGAUAACUUACCGCCGAUGGAUCUGAUGCGUUCUGAGAAAAUGACUUUCGUUCAACUCAUAAUCCCUGUCGAAUCGGCUCACCGCGCCGUCUCCUACCUCGGUGAACUCGGCCUUCUUCAAUUCCGCGACUUAAAUGCUGACAAAAGCCCUUUCCAGAGAACAUUUGUUAAUCAGGUAAAAAGAUGUACAGAGAUGUCAAGAAAAUUGCGUUUUCUCAAAGAUCAGAUUCAUAAAGCUGGUAUUCUACCUAUUGGUCAUCAGGGUAUGUUGCCAGAUAUCCAGUUGGAGGAAGUUGAGAAGCAACUUGCUGAGCAUGAACAUGAGCUAGUUGAAAUGAAUCACAAUAGUGAGAGACUUCGGCAAGCAUAUAAUGAGCUGCUAGAGUUUAAGAUGGUUCUGCAGAAGGCAGGUGGAUUUCUUGAUUCAAGUAAUACUCAUAGACAUGUAGAGGAGAUCGAGUUAGUUAGCAAUUUGCAUGCUAAUGGUAAACAUGCAGAUGCAGUUUCUUUACUUGAACAGGAGAUUUUACCUGGGCCAUCACAACAAUCUGGCUUAAGAUUUGUCAGUGGCAUUAUUUGCAAAUCUAAAAUUGCGAGGUUUGAAAGAAUGUUGUUUCGUGCUACAAGAGGCAACAUGCUUUUCAAUCAGGCAGCAGCAGAUGAACCAAUAUUGGACCCUGUAUCAACUGAAAUGGUUGAGAAAAUUAUAUUUAUUAUAUUUUUCUCUGGGGAACAGGCUAGAACAAAAAUCUUGAAAAUUUGUGAAGCAUUUGGUGCAAAUUGUUACCCCGUACCUGAAGAUAUAUUGAAGCAGAGACAACUAACUCAAGAAGUUGUAUCUCGUCUUUCUGAAUUAGAAACCACUUUGGAUGCUGGAAUCCGCCACAGAAACAAUGCUCUUUCUUCAAUUGGUUUCCAGCUACCCAUAUGGAUGAACAUGGUUAGAAGAGAGAAAGCUGUUUAUGAUACUCUCAACAUGUUAAACUUUGAUGUCACAAAAAAGUGUCUUGUUGGAGAGGGCUGGAGUCCAGUGUUUGCUAAAGCUCAGAUACAGGAUACACUGCAACGUGCAACACUGGACAGCAGCUCACAAGUGGGUAUAAUUUUUCAUGCAUUGGAUGCAGUAGAAUCACCUCCAACAUACUUCAGAACAAACCGCUUUACAAGUGCUUUUCAGGAAAUUGUUGAUGCUUACGGUGUUGCUAGAUAUCAGGAAGCAAAUCCUGCAGUAUACACAGUGAUUACAUUUCCUUUCCUUUUUGCCGUCAUGUUUGGGGACUGGGGACAUGGGAUAUGCCUGUUAUUAGGAGCACUAUUCCUUAUUGCUCGUGAAAGAAAACUCAGUUCUCAGAGACUUGGCAGCUUUAUGGAGAUGCUCUUUGGAGGCCGUUAUGUACUUCUUCUAAUGGCAAUGUUUUCAAUUUAUUGCGGGUUAAUUUACAAUGAGUUUUUCUGCGUUCCCUUUCACAUAUUCGGUAAUUCAGCUUACAAAUGUCGCGAUGAUACAUGCAGGGAUGCGUAUUCUAUUGGUUUAAUCAAGGUCCGAGAUCCUUAUCCAUUUGGGGUGGAUCCUAGUUGGCGUGGGAGUCGCUCUGAGCUACCUUUUCUGAACUCUCUUAAAAUGAAGAUGUCAAUUUUAUUGGGUGUGGCCCAGAUGAAUUUAGGAAUCAUAUUAAGUUACUUCAAUGCACGUUUCUUUAGUAACACCCUUAAUGUCAGGUAUGAGUUUUUGCCACAAAUGAUCUUUCUGAAUAGCUUGUUUGGAUAUCUGUCACUUCUCAUUGUCAUCAAGUGGUGCACCGGUUCUCAAGCAGAUCUUUACCAUGUCAUGAUUUACAUGUUCUUGAGUCCUUUUGAGGAUCUUGGGGAGAAUCAAUUGUUUUGGGGACAGGGUGUGAUUCAGAUAAUACUGUUGCUUUUGGCUGUUGUUGCUGUUCCUUGGAUGCUUUUCCCCAAGCCUUUUAUUUUGAAGAAACGUCACACAGAGAGAUUUCAAGGGCGUUCAUAUGGGCUCCUUGGGACCUCUGAGGUUGAUUUGGACUCAGAACCGGGUUCUGCAAGACAUCAUCACGAAGAAUUUGAUUUUAGCGAGGUCUUUGUACAUCAAAUGAUACAUUCUAUUGAGUUUGUUCUUGGCGCCGUUUCUAAUACUGCAUCAUACCUUCGGCUUUGGGCUUUAAGCUUGGCCCAUUCUGAACUAUCAACGGUUUUCUAUGAGAAAGUCCUCCUCCUUGCCUGGGGGUAUGACAAUCUCAUAAUCCGGUUGGUUGGGCUGGCAGUGUUUACUUUUGCAACCGCCUUCAUACUUCUAAUGAUGGAGACUCUGAGUGCUUUCCUUCACGCUUUGCGUCUCCAUUGGGUAGAAUUCCAGAAUAAGUUUUACCAUGGCGACGGUUACAAGUUCCAGCCUUUCUCAUUUGGCUUGUUACCCGAUGACGAUGAAUAGGAUGAAUCCUGUCAUAAGGUUUUGAAUGAAAGAGAGAGAUAUAUAUAUUUUCCGAUCACAAUUCACAACCAAAGCCGAAAAUGUUAUACAAGUGGCGUGUAUUGGCUUCAAACUAGUUAACAACAUGCCAUUGAUGAAGCAAAAAUUGGUUAGCAUAGAAAUGUAAAAUCCUAAUUCAUAUUCUUCGGGUGUACGAGUAUAGGGCCAGAUAUUUGAGAUUUUGACUUGUACCUUUUUUAUUACAAAGAUUUAUGGCUAAAGAAGAAACAGAAACAAACAAGAGAACCUUUGUAAGUAGGAUUAUAUAUACGCCCCUCAUGGAAUAUUACUAUCUCACACAAAUUUAUGUGGUGGAUUUUUUUAAGCAAAACUUUAUUUUGUG